GGCCACAACUCCAGAUUCACGCGAUCGUCUGGCAGUCGCAGGAAUUACGUAAUACCCAUAGACGUUAAUUGAUGGGUGGUUGAAGACCCACAGAACCUUAUCAAGUGGAAACAAUUAGUAUUCUAUAAAUGCUUACAAUCUGACCGCAGUUUGUUUUUCAAUUUCCAAUAGCGAAGAUGUGUUUUAUUUUGCUGGGUUAUCUGUUGCUGGCUGGGAAUCUAUAUUCCCCCUUUCAGCCCGCGGAUGGAGCUAAGAUUCUGGCAGCGUACUCUUUUCCGGGCAAAUCGCACUAUAUGAUGCACAAGGCUCUGAUGAGAGAACUCAUCGAGAACGGCCACCAGGUAACCAUGAUCACAGCCCUGUCUCUGGAGAGCGAGAACCUGGGCAGUAACUUCACGGAGAUACUAAUAGAACCAGUCUAUGAUUUUUGGCACGAUGUGAAGCUGGACUUUGGAGCCCUACACCUGUUCGAACUGACCCGGAUGACGAACCCCGAUUUCAUAAAGAUGCUGGACAUUAUUGGAGUAAAGACCACUGAACAUGCUCUCAAGCAGCCCAAGGUCCAGGCUCUGAUCCAUGCCAAGGAGACCGAGGGAGUCUUUGACCUGCUCCUGGCUGAGCAGUUCUACCAGGAGGCGCUGCUGCCCUUGGCUCGCGUUUACAACGUGCCGGUGGUGACCACCAGUACCCUGCCCUAUGCCAAUCACAUGAGCCAGAUAGUGGGACUGAUUACACCGUGGUCCUUUGUGCCACACGGCUUUCUGGCCUUCACCGAUCGGAUGAGUUUCCUGGAAAGGCUCCAGAACGCGUACACAUCGUUCCACGAGGACUUGUACAGAUUGCUCGUUUAUUUCCCUAAAAUGGACGCACUGGCACAGGAGUACUUUGGCCCGGUUCUGGGUGAGGUGCCGAAGGUGAGGCAGUUGGAGCGGGAAACCUCAGUGAUACUCUUAAACAGUCACGCACCACUGACCACGGCACGUCCCACUGUAGAUGCCUUGGUGCCGGUGGGUGGCAUGCACAUCUACCCGCCCAAAGCACUCCCCGAGGACCUGCAAAGAUUUCUGGACGGGGCCGAGGAGGGGGCCAUCUACUUCAGCCUCGGCAGCAAUGUCCAGAGCAAGGAAAUGCCGCCCGAGAUGCUGCAACUGUUCCUGAAGGUAUUCGGAUCCCUAAGGCAGCGCGUCCUAUGGAAAUUCGAAGACGAAAGCAUCCCACAGUUGCCCGAGAAUGUAAUGGUGCGGAAGUGGCUGCCACAAGCGGAUAUCCUGGCCCACCGCAACGUCAAGGUAUUCAUCACCCACGGCGGCCUCUUGGGCACCCAGGAGGGCGUCCAUUAUGCCGUGCCCCUGCUAGGUUUUCCCAUAUACUGCGACCAGCACCUGAAUAUGAACAAAGCGGUUAUGGGCGGCUUUGCCAUCAGCUUGCACUUCCAAUCAAUAACCGAGGAGAUUCUGAGGCACUCCCUGGACCAGUUGCUACACAACGCCACCUAUAAGGAGAACAUGCAGAGGGUGUCGGAUAUUUUCAGGGAUCGUCCCAUGGAAGCCCGCAAAACUGCCGUCUACUGGAUGGAAUACGUCAUCCGGCAUCGGGGAGCUCCUCACAUGCGGUCCGCUGGCCUGGAUCUCAACUGGUUCCAGUUUUAUCUUGUGGAUGUGAUAGCCUUUGUGGCUUUAAUUCCUAUACUUGGCAUUAUAUUGCUUUAUAUGGUCGUGAAACUAUUUUGGAGCAAAGACAAAAAGAUAGAGAAGCCCAAGAAACAUUAGGGCCUGUCUGGGAAGUACAACAUAAUUAUACGGAUGUCUAUGAUGUCUCAGAUAA